UUGAAAAAACAAGAGUUGAGAAAACAAGCGCAGAGAAAACAAUCGAGAAGUCAAGCUAAUAAUGACACACCUAUGGGUGGUAAAUCGGGGUCAAAAAAGAAAACCAAAAGAAGGAAUAAUUAUGAUGCAGCAUAA